GUACUCUAUAUGUCCAUGAUCAAUGGAGUUAAAGUUAAAGAUGGAUGAUGAGAAGAGGGGAUCGCUAUGUCUGGUUUGGGAAGAUUUGACAAUGUACGUAGCAACAAAUCCUAGCAGCAAUGUUGGACCAAAAAGAAAAGUACUGAUAAAUGGUUCAAGUGGUUAUGCAGAGUCCAACAGAAUUAUGGCAAUCAUUGGUCCUUCAGGAUCUGGCAAAUCCACUUUACUUCAUGCACUCGCAGGAAUACUUCCCACCAAUGUUAGCAUGACUGGAAAUGUACUAAUCAAUGGGGCUAAGAAAAGUAGAGCAGGCUGCAGGGAUAUUUCAUACCUUGCUCAAGAAGAUUGUUUCUUAGGAACUCUAACAGUGAGAGAAACCCUCACAUACUCUGCACAUUUGAGACUUCCUGCAAACAUGACCAAAUUUGAAAUUGAUAAUGUGGUAACAAAAACAAUAGCUGAAAUGGGUUUGGAAGACAUUGAAGAUAGUAGAAUUGGGAAUUGGCAUUUGAGAGGCAUAAGUAAUGGAGAGAAAAGAAGACUUAGCAUAGGAAUUGAGCUAUUAACACAACCUCAAAUAAUGUUUCUUGAUGAACCAACUAGUGGAUUGGACAGUGCAGCUGCUUUCUAUGUUGUUUCAUCUCUUAGAAGAAUAGCUCAUGAUGGAAGAAUUGUUAUCUUUUCUAUUCAUCAACCAAGUGAUGAAGUUUUCAAUCUCUUUGAUGAUCUCAUUAUUCUUGCAGGAGGUGAAACUGUUUAUUUUGGAGAAAUCACCAUGGCACUAAAGUUCUUUGCUGAUGCAGGGUUUCCUUGUCCAACAAGAAAAAACCCUCCCGAGCACUUCCUUCGCUGUGUUCGCCCAGAGUUUGAUAGUGUUGCAACCUUUAUACAAUCUAAAAAUGAAGCCUCGUCAUCAUGGAAUUCCCAAAUUAAUAUGACAACAGAAAAGAUUAAAUUUAAGCUUCUACAGAACUACAAGAACUCCAUGCAUUCAGCAAAUACAAAGAAAAAAAUAAGACAAAUCAAAUUAAGGGAAGAAAUUUUCAUUGGAAGGACACAUACAAGUAGGUUGAAGCAAUUAUGCAUACUGACAAGUAGAUCAUUCCUAAAUAUGAUCAGAGACAUUGGUUACUACUGGUUGCGAAUUUUAUUCUUUAUCUUGGCAUCAGUAAAUGCUGGUUAUAUUUAUUACAACAUAGGAUCAAGUAAUGCAGCAAUCUUAUCAAAAGGCAAGUUUUAUGGAUUUGUCUAUGGCUUCAUGAUUUUCAUCUGUGUAGGAGCCUUACCCUUUUACCUCGAGGAAUUGAAGGUCUUCAAACGUGAAAGAUUUGGGAGGCAUUAUGGGGAGGACAUGUAUGUACUGUCACAUUUCCUCUCAUCAUUACCUUUUGUCCUUGCAACUUCACUCUCUUCAGGAACAAUACUUUUCUAUAUGGUGAAAUUUCAUGAAGGAUUCUCUCAUUACUGCUAUUUUAGCAUGAACCUGUUCUUAUGCAUUUCUGUGGCAGAAGGCUGCAUGUUAUUUGUUGCAGCACUUGUGUCCAAUCAAUUAGUAACCAUAGUAACAGCUGCUGGUGUAACUGUAUUUAUGUUGAUGCCAUCUAGUAUAUUCAGAAGGCUAACUGACCUUCCAAAAUUCUUCUGGCGCUACCCGAUGUCUUACAUUAGCUACAUUGCAUGGUCAGUACAGGGGCAGUUGAAGAAUGACAUGAUUGGACUAGAAUUUGAACCACUAGUGGCAGGGGAUGCUAAGCUAAAGGGAGAAGUGAUGCUUCAAGAUACAUUUGGAAUUCAAACAGAUUAUUCAAAAUGGUGGGACUUAGCAGCUCUUGUCUUCUUAUUAAUAUCUUAUAGAUUUCUGUUUUUCUUGGCUCUUAAGCACAAGGAGAGAGCUUCUUCACUAUUACAAACCACAAGGGCUUACUUGGACAUUUUACUCACAAGAACCCCUUUGAAGGACACCAAUGUUUCUUCUAGGAGACACCAACCCCUCUAUCCUUUGUCAGCUCAGGAGGGUCUUUCCUCUCCCAUGUCUUAGCUCUUGCUUUUCCUCUUCCUAUUUACACUUACAUAGUGCCAUAUGUGUUAGCAACAACGCAUCGAUCUUUCGCAGUAAGUAAAAGAUCUUUCGCAGUUGUAUCAAAUGUAUUAGAAUUAUGAUAGUAAAUUAUUGCAGAUAGAGUGACUAUACAUUGUCACUUACAUAGUGCCAUAUGUGUUAGCAACAACGCAAAGUUUCCAUUCUGCUUAUUUGCAUAGUAUAAGAGGAAAUAAUUAAAAUUUAUUAUUAUUAUUAUUGAUAUAAUAAUUUUUCUUUUCUA